AUGUCACCCUCAGCGAGCAGUAACCUCCAGACUUUCCCCUCCAAACCACGCGUCUAUAUCGUCUCGGACAUAUCAAACGAGCCUGACGAUGCCGAGUCACUAUGCCGAUAUCUGCUAUACUCUAACCAGUUCGACACAGAAGGGCUGGUGGCCUGCACUUCGAACUGGAUGAAGAACCGGACUUGCCCUCAAGAUAUGCUCAAAAUAAUCGACGCAUACGCCGGCGUCGUCGGCAAUCUCAACAAGCAUGUGCAUAGUGAUCAUCCCUACCCGCCAGCCGACUACUUCCGAGAGCUGGUUCGGUCCGGACCUACCGUGUAUGGAAUGGUAGCGAUAGGCCCCAAUGUCCCCAUAAGCCCCGGCGGUGCACAUCUCGUAUCCCGGCUCGAAGCCUCGGCUGUAGAUCCGCGUCCUCUCUGGGUGCUCCUCUGGGGUGGCGCAAAUACGCUGGCCGAGGCGCUCUUCCACACGCGCUCUCGUCCGGACGCCGCGCUGCUACGCUCACGCCUUCGCGUCUACGCCAUCUCGGAUCAGGAUGACAGCGCGGCCUGGAUCCGGCGGACAUUUCCGGAUGUGACGUACAUCGCGUCGGUCCAUGCAUGGUGCAGCUAUGGGACAGCCGCGUGGACGGGCAUCAGCGGUGACGCCUACUACGGCUUCGACAGGGGCGGGCCAGACGCCACAAAGAUAACCAAGGAGUGGAUCAAGGAAAACAUUCAGAUCGGACCACUGGGCAGCGCGUACCCAGACUUUAUGUUCAUUCCCGAGGGCGAUACUCCAACCUUUCUCUACCUGAUCCAGAACGGGCUUGGGGUUUCAGAGCACCCCGAAUAUGGAUCAUGGGGCGGGCGGUACGGACUCGUUGAUGCAGGGCCCGAGGGUGGAAAACACUACGCCGACGUCACAGACAGAGCGGCUGGCAAGGAUGGCAGGGCCUACAGGAGUAGCCAGGCGACAGUGUGGAGGUGGCGGGACGCUUUCCAGAAUGAUUUUGCGGCGCGGAUUCAGUGGACGAUGAAAGAAGACUUUGGCAGGGCAAACCACGCACCUGUGGUUUACAUCGGCGACAGCGUCGGACCCUCGCCGGUGGAAAUUUCAGCCGAGGCGGGGAGCACUAUAACGCUAGACGCAAGCAGGAGCUACGACCCAGACGGCGACCAGCUCACCUUCAAAUAUUGGCAUUACCGUGACCCCACUGCUACUCAAUGGUGGGUUGAAGCCGAGGUGGCGGAGCUGCAGGUCAAGCCGGUUGACGGCGAGGGGAAGGUGGUGGAGGUGACUUUACCUGGUCCAGAAAAAUGCUGCUGCGAGAUGCUGUCAAGAAAAGCGUUGGCGAAGGGUCAGGUGCUCCACUUGAUCCUCGAGGUCACCGACAACGGAAGCCCCGCGCUGACGACUUACCGACGGGUGCUGAUACAAGCCACGAACGUGGAGUUGAAGGGUGGUGCAAAAGAAGCAGUAGAAGCGGUGGGGGAUUCCAUGCAGGGCUUUUCAGAGAGUUGA